CCAUAUUAGAGAGGGUCAGAGGAAGUUACUGAAACUGCGAGAGCGAUCCUGGCCCCAAAAUGAGUUUCUUUGGUUUUGGCCAGAGUGCUGACAUAGACAUUGUGUUAGAAGGUCAAGACAAGAGAAAAACAGCAGAAAUUAAAACUGAAGAUGGAAAGAAAGAAAGAUACUACCUGUACUUUGAUGGGGAGACGGUGGCCGGCAAGGUGAACAUCACUCUCCGAAAGUCGGGAAGUAAAUUAGAACAUCAAGGAAUAAAGAUAGAAUUCAUAGGUCAAAUAGAAUUGUACUAUGACAGAGGAAACCACCAUGAAUUUACAUCACUAGUCAAAGAAUUAGCCAGACCAGGGGAGUUAACUCAGAGUUCUAGUUAUGGCUUUGAGUUUCUUCAGGUGGAAAAGCCAUAUGAAUCGUACACAGGGGCAAAUGUGCGGUUACGUUACUUUCUACGGGUGACAGUUGUAAAACGUUUGAGUGAUAUCGUAAAAGAACAGGAUAUAGUUGUGCAUACAUUAUCCUCAUACCCGGAGAUGAAUAACAGCAUCAAGAUGGAGGUGGGCAUCGAGGACUGCCUACACAUAGAGUUUGAAUACAACAAGUCCAAAUAUCACUUGCAGGAUGUUAUAGUGGGGAAAAUUUAUUUUCUCCUGGUACGUAUAAAGAUACGAUAUAUGGAGCUGGCUAUAGUGCGAAGGGAGACAACUGGCUCAGGUAGAUGUUACUUUACAGGCCCAAACACAUUCAAUGAAAAUGAAACAAUUGCUAAGUAUGAAAUCAUGGAUGGUGCUCCUGUAAGGGGGGAGUCUAUACCUAUCCGGCUGUUUCUCAGUGGAUAUGAGCUCACUCCCACCAUGAGGGACAUCAAUAAGAAAUUCUCAGUGCGUUAUUACCUGAACCUUGUGCUAGUGGAUGAAGAGGAGAGGCGCUACUUCAAACAGCAGGAAAUCACAAUUUUCCGUAAAGCUGAGAAGGUGAGGAAGAGCAUCCAGGCACAGUUACAGGAGAAGCUGCCAUCGUUCCAACCACAGUCACCGACAGAAUCAAAACCAGGUCCUGAGGAGGGGGACACUGGGGAGCAGUGACCCCUGGGAACUCAGCCCCUCCCCCAGCUGGUGUACAUGUGUGACAGUCCUCACCCCUUUAUGCACACUCACAGCCAUCAGCCCAUGGGGCGACAAGCCCUGUAAAGGUUUAGUCUAUAUACCCCAGUGGGCCCGUGGGUGUAUGCUGACCUGUGAGGAACUGUUAACUCUGGUUAAGUCUGGAGCUGAAUGCUUGUGCCAGCAGCAUGCUAUCCCACAGACUGUAGCUUCGGUGACUGGAAGGCUGGCUGGCUGGCUGGAAUUGCUGGUCAUCUGUACCUGUACAGUGUACAGUCUCUAUAACCUCAGCCAGGUCACAGCACCUGAUAUCUGUAUAAUAUUGAUGGUACAUAGAUUGAGAAAUGUAUGAUUUAUUAUUUAAAUGCUCAAAGCAGAAGAUGUACACGAGAGUUUUCAAGGCAAACAAAAGCAGAAAAGAUGUCCCCAUAUUCAGUAGGGAGAAAACAGUUGCUACCCAUUGUCCUCAAUUUAUCCUUAAUUGUACAGAAUUUAAUUGAGUUAACACUCUGUCAUUCCAAUAUUUGUGACGUUCGUCAGUUCUGCAUGAUUCUGCUUUGUCUUUGCAAGUUUGGGGUUUAAUUGUUUGAAUGUGAUGAUGCUACUAGUGUAGGCUUCUCUCUCAGAUGUCCAGGCCGAUUUGUGGAUGAAGGUGCCUGGCUGUUUUCUUACAUACAGCUGGUUCAGAAGACCAGGUUCCUUGAUUGCAUUCUGCGCUCACUAUUAAUGUGCUUACAUAUUCUGCAUGAAUGCAUAUUUUUUCCACAGAAGUAUGACAAUUUAAUCUUUUCAAAUUAUUUGCAUAGUAUUUGUACAUUCUGGUAUAACACAUUCUGAAUUUGUAAAUUAGAAAGGAACGCUUUUACAUUUUAAACAUCACUAAAAAUUUAGGGCCAUGGUUGGAGCAAUCAACACAUUAGCUUAUUUGGUUAGAAAUUGUUCAAAAUAAUGUGACAUUGACCAUUGAUUCAAACAGUAUUGGCAGUAGCUUGAGAACAUUUGAUCGAUAAAUCUAGUGUUGCUCUCAGUACCUUAUCUUGUCUUCUGGCACACUUGAAAAAGGAAGGCAAUAUGCUCACCAUGCUAGUCUAGCAUCUGUGUGGAUGUCAUGAGUUAUUUCAACUUGGAAGAUUUUCUGUGUACCUGGACAUCAACUGCUUUUACCAAGUUGACAACAGCAAAAUGAUUCUUUAAAAUUCCUUAGCACGAGGUAUGGAACGUGCUUGCUCGUAUCUCCUUAUUAGUAUUGUGAGCCAUUGGCCUGUGCAUAUGUUUUUGAUUAUCAUGGAAUCUGCAGUGCCCCAACACCAUCCACCCCUCACCCCUUGAUCACCACAAUAGUCCACACAGUCAUGUAGCUGAAAUUAGGACAGGUAUAGUGGACAUUUAACAUGCAUUCAUGUGUGUACAGAAUUUAGCACAAUUUUAUGCAUGUGAUAUUUUAAUUAAAUUCAAGGUGUGUUUGAUGUUAAACAUUGACGUGAAUAACUGGUAUCAAGUGUCUGCAAGGAUAAUCAGGCCACUUUGUUGUGUGAUAUGCAUCUGUAUUAUCAGGUAUAAUAAAUCAUUGUAUGUACAAGAUAAUGUAUGAUUGAGAUCCAUGGACCUCUGUGUUUGAUGUACAUGUACAAAACAAUGACGUGAUGUACAUGUACACAACAGUGUAUGAUGUACAUGACAAAACAAUGACGUGAUGUACAUGUACAAAACAAUGUGUGAUGUACAUGUACAAAACAAUGUGUGAUGUACAUGUACAAAACAAUGUGUGAUGUACAUGUACAAAACAAUGUGUGAUGUACAUGUACAAAACAGUGUGUGAUGUACAUGCACUAAAAGUACACGUACGAUAAACAAUAUAAAUUAUAUAAAUUAGCCAGUCCUAAUUAAUUAGGAUGUACAGAGUACAUUGGUAUUAGUGAUACAUCUGUAUGUAUAUGGAAAAAACAAAACAAAAUGCCUGAAUGAACCACACCCAUAUAUAUAAAUAUAUAUAUAUAAAAAUAUACAUAUAUAAACCCAUUGACAUGGCAUUGUUAUUGAUACUAAUUUGGUACUGUUGAUGAUGGACUGAUGCUGCAGAUGACAUGGUCAGUUAAUAGCUUAUUGUCUACACGUGUGACAUUGUCAUCCGCUCCCCAUGUACAGUUCACAGCGGCAUAAUCCUCUCGUAGACAGCUAGACAGGACCAUAAUUCAGGUUGUGACAGCAUGUCGAGGAAACAAGAAAUGUGUAUCUCUCUAGGGGAUUCCCUUCCCACUGAUUUUGUGUGUGUGUGAAAUAUGUAGUUUUCAUCUGUGUUUUGAUCCAAAUUUUACUUUAUGGAAGAUAGGUUGCCAAAAUUAAUAUAUAUGAUUCAUGUAGGUACAUGUAUGUUGAUUUUAGGUAACCUGUUCACCUUAUCUGUGUUUGUGGUUAUUAAAUGAAUUCAUACCAAAUCACCUUGUAAUUAUUUGAUUGAAAUUAGACACUUGUUGGCAUGUUAAUACUAUGUAUACUUGCCACUGGUGUGGAAUAACAUGAAGAACACAGCCGACAGUCAACCUGUAUAAGGUCAUAUUUUAUAUGGAUAAUACAUAUAUCAUCUGCAUCAGAGUAUAAGCUGCAUUGUGUAUCACUGUUUGGGUUUUUGCAUAUAUCCAUUAUUCCUCUGCUUUGCUGAUCAUUUACAUAGUGCUGGCUUUCCGCCACCUGCCUAUAAGCUAAUGUUCCCCAAGAUCACAAAGCAGUCCUAGAAUUACUGUAAUUCUUCAACCUUUUCACAUGUUUGCAAGGUGUUUAUUUAAGCAUUAUAUUUUACAGGAAUUUUUCUGUGUUGAGUGAUAAAAGUAAACUUUGUUGAAAGCCCAAAAACUGGCAAAUCCAACCAAUGUAAUUUUGUAGAAAUGUACAUAAAUUGGACAGAAAGUCGAUCAAUCAUUUGUGAAUAGGUUGAGGAAAUGGGGUAAGUCAAAAUUUCAAAACUUUUUAAAAUUGUUAUUUCUUAUGUAACAAGGUCAAAAUGUUGCUUGACAACGUAAUUUCUGGGUAAGUUAUUGCGCAACAAAAUUUCAGCUAAAAGAACGGAAAACGACAUACCAAAUUCAAUGAUUGAAAUUUUGAAUAAAUCUAAGAUGACUUUGUGAUUCUGGGACCAAGCUUUUUUAGCGUAUUGAAGCUCUCCCUGCUGUACUGUAUGUGACUACAUUCCCUGUAUUAACCAGUCACUGCUGUCUCACUCCACAGUAUCUGCACUCAACAUUUGGUCAGAGGUGUCCUUUUGUUAACCUCGAAUUGUUUAAGUCUCUGCUGAGCACACACGACUUGAGCUGUUCAAUGAAGGCUCAGUUAUGCCAUAAAUAACGUACCAGAUAUCUCAUUUAGUUGUAGUGAAAAAGCCUAUUUCAGCAGGGAAAAAAUACAUGCAUGUGGUGAGCAGCCUAUUUUGGUAGCAAAUACUUGUGCGGAUGAACAGCCUGGUGAAAAUCCCAUUCUAGGAACAUCAGCAAAUAUAUGCUUUUGAUCAACAGCAUAUUCAAGGGAAGAAUACAUGUUUGUAGUGAGUAGGCUCUUCUGUGAUCCAUAUUCUACCAUGUGAGCAGGGAAGAGACCUUUUCAUGUUUUUGGUAUGUUUUGAACCAGCCUGUAUUACAGGCAGAUGCAUGUACCAUCAAUGAUAAUAGCAAAAGUGUAAGGUUGUCCUGAAAGUGUUCAAAAGUCCUGUGAUGAUUUUUGUCCAAAUUUGGCCGAGGAGAAUCUUUGGGUAUAAUGUUUUAGGCAACCUGAAUACCACCUCGUCUGCCUCCUGAUGUACAUCUUGUUCAGAUUUUACCAUGUUAUUAGAGAAGACUUCGCACUUGUAAAUACUUGUCGUAAGAGCUGAGCUAGUCCUCGCAGUGUGGACGAUGUUCAUGCCAGCACAUCAAUUGGUCAAGUGGUCACUUUAGUGUAAGAGGGGCAUUGACCACAUCUAUACAGAGGUCUCCUAGUAGGCCGGGAAUAAUACUGUCAUGUCUGUAGAAGUUUGCUUUGUUUAAGCCUUGACUUGUUCGCCUGUGUGACGAUCUCCCCUUGUGUAGGCUAUGAAUUGCUGGGUCAUGUCUGUACAGACUCCACUUCAGAACUAUCAAGCUUUAGUGUAUUUAAUUCAUAUGUAUGGCUUGUGUUCAAAAUUUCUAAACAGUAGGAAAGAUUGUAUAUUAUGUACAUUUCAGUUAAUAAAUUCAUGUAUAA